UUUCUUUCCGUCACCUGCAUUCUUACCCAACAUACUCAAAAGGGCUCCAUUUGAUUUGUUGUACUGCAGUCUGACAUUGACAUAAGUGGAAUAAUGCAAGUGUAAUUGUUUUUGUUUACAAUUUCUUUAAAAUAAUCAAUGAAUGAAUCAAGGUGUUAUUUCAAACAUAUGAGAUCACACAGUAAACAAUAAAACAAACAAAUCAAAGUAGUCAAACAAUACUUUAGCAAAACAAACAAAAAUAUAUUGCAUAUUUAACAUGUUGGAAAAUGAGUAGGCAGAAACAUACAGCAAGUUUAUUCAGUCCUACUGCAUCUCCACUGGUCAACUGAAAUAGAAAUGUCCUAUCCUGUCUUCACACAGUUUGUCACAAAUUCCUACGUACAUAAAAACUAAAUACAGUACAGUAUUUGUACUCACACACUCACAUAUUCAUAGAAUAAUUACAUACAUAUACUAGGCAUAUUUAGAAACAAUAGAAGUACAAAUGAACAAAUGUGUCAAGAUUUGAAAAAGAAACGUACAUACCCAAGGAAAUGUACUUCAUGAGAACUGAGUCGGACUUUCAGCCCAAAAAAAUGAUGCAGUCUAAGUAUUCGAUGAUGAACCUAGUAAUGGGAUUCCUGAAAAAGCUUAGUCCCUUGUCUCUUUAAAUAAAAAUAAUGAGCUCUAACAUUAUCCCCUAAUCACAGAGUACAGCAUUUUCUGUCCAGCCUGUUUGCCAAAACACUAAAACAAAAUACUAAAUCAUUUUAAUGAAGGACCUUUAUACUGUUGGAAAUGAUUUUCUGUGGGAUCACAUAAUGUGACAUUUGACAAGUUAGAAAAUUUCGAUAACCAUGGAAUCCGUAAAUGUAGCUAUCUACAAACCUUAAAGUAGAUAAAAGUCUAAGCAAUCAAUUAAUCCCAAAAAUGUCAUAUCCAUAUCAGGAAAACAACCACUGAAAAACAUGCAGUAUUCGUUUGGGAAUUGGCAGAAAGUGCAUAUUGGCUGCUGCAAUCUCUAUAAAGGUCAGCUCCCAGGGUCAGUAUUGCAUCAGGGAAGGGGAGGGUGGCUGACAAUGGGUUGGUUCAUUGUGAUCUUCAUCAGCUUGCUGGCGACGACCAACUCAGAGAACCGAACAUGCAAACUGAUUGGGCAGACAGGCUUCUUGGAGUUCUCCAGGGAAGGAGAUAUUCUGAUUGGAGGGAUUUUCUCCCUGGCAAGCACUCGAAAACUAAAUGAUAAUGACUAUAAGGCGGUUCCAUAUUCAUACUGCACAAAGUAAGUUGGUGUGUAAAACUGUAUUGUACGUCCAAAUGUUUAACACUUGAAAUGGUUCACAGGUGGAAUGACAGAGAACUGAAGUUUGUCCGCACUGUGAUGUUCACGGUGGAGGAGAUCAACAGGAAUACGCAGCUCCUUCCAGGAAUCAGUCUGGGUUAUCGGAUCUACAACGGCUGCGGGAGUGAGAACCUGAUACGAGCGGCGAUAGAAGCUGUAAGCCGAGAGGAGUCUGCAUGCGGUGGUCGGAUCCAGGCCCUUCUUGGUCACUCAUCGUCCGGAAUAAGCGAAGAUAUCAACAUCCUUCUGAGCCCGUUGUCCAUUCCACAGGUCAGCCAUCUUUCAACAUGUGCGUGUUUGUCAGAUAAGAAUCUGUAUCCCACCUUCUUCAGAACCGUGCCAAGCGACCACUUUCAGGUGCUGGGGCUGGUGCAGCUCAUGAAGUAUUUUGACUGGCGCUGGGUGGGGAUUAUUUAUUCAGCAACCUUGUACGCCGAUGAGGGCACAGCUGAAUUUAUUGUGGAAGCAAUGAAGGAGGGCAUAUGUGUUGAAUAUCGACUACCAUACCUAAAGACUUCCACAAAAAAGCAGAAGGCCAUUGUGAAGAUGCUGAGGGAAUCAUCAUCCAAAGUGGUCCUGCUGUUCAUGUCUUUAUCUUACACCAAGUCAUUUCUAUCAAAAAUGGAAAGCUACAACAUAAAUGGGAAGCAUUGGGUUGGCAGCGAAGCGUGGAUCACACAACAGGACCUCGCAUCCCUGGAGAGGAAGAACAUUCUACAAGGGGCAAUGGGCUUUGCACUCCCAGACGUGUCUAUUCCCGGGCUAGGCGAGUUCCUACUAGACCUGAAACCAUCUGAUGAGCCUGACACUGGUAUAAUUGAGGCUUUCUGGGAGAAGUUCUUUGACUGCAGCUUCUCUCCUUCCAACACCUCAAACCUGUGCACUGGUGCAGAGGACCUGAAGACUGUCUCCAGUGACUACACGGACGUGAACAACCUCAGGGCAGAGAAUAAUGUGUACAAAGCUGUGUACUGGGUUGCAUAUGCACUUCAUUCAUUGCUGCAGUGUGAAAAUGGGGUCAAUCCCACCACAGGAAAUUCCUGUGUAAACAAGAGUGAGGUCCAGCCUAAAAUGGUGUUGGAGCACAUUAAAUAUGUAAAUUUUACGACGCAGAACGGUGCCAAGGUAUUCUUCGAUGAUAAUGGCGACUCUGUGGCCCAGUACGACUUAGUCAACUGGCACAUGAAAGACGACGGCUCAGUCGAGAUCCUGAACAUUGGCCAGUACGACACGUCUUUUCCAGAGGGUAAAAAGCUCAAACUGAGAGAAGAUGCCAACAUAGUUUGGGGGGGAAACAGCACAGAGAUGCCACGGUCUGUGUGCACGGAACCAUGUCCGCCAGGGACCCGCAAGGCCAUAAACAAAAACAAGCCCGUGUGCUGCUUUGAUUGCUUUGAGUGUCCUGAGGGAACAAUAAGUAAUAAGACAGAUUCUCCUGACUGUUUGGCAUGUUCCCUGGAAUUCUGGCCCAAUGCCAAAAAAGACCAGUGCCUUCCAAAACCCACUGAGUACCUUUCUCAUAAAGAUAUCAUGGGUGCUCUUUUAACGGCAUUCAGCUGUGUUGGUGUGUUUUUAGCUUUUCUGACUUUCCUCAUAUUUUUGACCCACAAAGAGACUCCCAUCGUCAAAGCCAACAACUCAGAGCUAAGUUUCCUGCUGCUCAUCUCCUUAAAACUAUGCUUCCUAUGCUCUCUGACCUUCAUUGGCCGGCCGACUGAGUGGUCCUGCAUGCUGCGCCACACGGCCUUUGGCAUCACCUUUGUGCUCUGCAUCUCCUGUGUUCUGGGGAAAACUGUAGUAGUGCUGAUGGCUUUCCGAGCCACAUUUCCCGGCAAAAAUAUUAAACUGUUUGGUCAUGCCCAGCAGAGGCUCAGUGUUCUGGUUCUCACUCUAGUCCAGGUUCUGUUCUGUAUCAUUUGGCUGUGUACAAAUCCGCCGUUCCCUGCCAUGAAUGUGAAAUACUACAAGGAGAAGAUAAUCCUUGAAUGCGCACUGGGUUCAGCUGUUGGGUUCUGGGGUGUGUUGGGUUACAUAGGACUUCUUGCCCUCUUGUGUUUUAUUCUUGCUUUUCUGGCCAGGAACUUACCAGACAGUUUUAAUGAAGCCAAGCUGAUCACCUUCAGCAUGCUAAUAUUCUGUAUGGUGUGGAUUGUCUUCAUCCCGGUUUAUGUCAGUUCCCCUGGCAAAUUCACAGUUGCCGUGGAGAUUUUCGCCAUUCUGGCCUCCAGUUUUGGAAUGCUGGUUUGUAUAUUUGUUCCAAAGUGCUACAUUAUCAUCUUCAGGCCAGAGAAAAACUGCAGAAAACAUCUCAUGGGAAAAAUACCUUCAAGAACCCUUUAAAAGUGUCCCCUAUGUCAAGUACGGUAGAUGUAUACUUUCGGCAUAGUCUGAAACUAUGUCGACUCCUAACUUGUACAAUAGAUUCAUUCAUUAAAUUAAUUGAAUCUGAUGACAUUGGG